UAAAACUUAUUUACACUCUCGGUAUAAACUCAUAACAAAUUACUAUUAUAAACACGUAACAAACAGCAGGAGAAUAAUGGUCACAACUCUUGGAAAUAAUCACUUCUCAGAGUCUGUCCUGCUGAUGUAAGGAACAAAAACUAUUCAAAUUCAAGCUCCAAAAAUGGCUUACUUUGAUAACACAAUAGGUGAAAUUUCAUGGAUUUGUUUGAAGAAUUUCGAUUUCAAUUCUUUAUGUUCUCAAAGGAGCUUAAUAGACACUAUCAAUAUACUCUUUGUAUGUGUCUAUUGCACAUCUUUGAUUAUCACUUUAAUCAGAAAAAGUUCUACAAAUGGAAGCCACGGAAAAUGCUGGAUUUUCAUUAUUGUCUCAAUUUGUUGUGGUACUAUUAGCAUUGCAUUUUUCAGUAUUGGAUUGUGGGAUUUCAUAGCUAAAACUGAUAACUCUGAGAAACUGAGUUGCAUUAUCAAGGGAUUGAUUUGGAUUUCUUUGUCUGUUUCCUUGAUCGUUCAAAGAGUCAAAUGGAUUAGGAUAUUAAUCUCUAUAUGGUGGACAUUUUCUUGUGUAUUGGUUUCAUCUCUCAACAUUGAAAUUCUGUUAAGAAAUCAUGCAAUUGAAACAUUUGAUAUUGUACAGUGGCUUGUACAUUUCCUUCUUCUAUAUUGUGCCUUCAAAAAUCUUGAUUAUAUAGGAACUCAUAGUGUACAAGAAGGUUUAACUGAGCCACUCUUAGCUGGAAAAAAUGAAACUAAACAAACAGGAUUAGGCCGUGCUACUUUUCUUAGCAAGUUGAAUUUCUCUUGGAUUAAUUCUUUACUCAGUUUAGGUUACUCAAAGCCGCUUGAUCUUGAAGAUAUACCUUCCGUUGUUUCUGAAGAUGAAGCUGACAUGUCGUAUCAAAAAUUUGUUAAUGCUUGGGAAUCACUUGUGAGAGAGAGGACAAAGAAUAAUACAAAGAGUUUGGUUCUUUGGUCUAUAGUUAGAACUUUCUUGAAAGAAAACAUAUUAAUAGCAUUUUAUGCAUUAAUAAGAACUGUUUCGGUUGCAGUUUCACCUCUUAUACUCUAUGCUUUUGUUAACUACUCAAAUAGAACCGAGGCAGAUCUCAAACAAGGUCUUUCCAUAGUUGGUAUUUUGAUUCUCACCAAAGUUUUUGAGUCUUUAUCUCAAAGGCAUUGGUUUUUUAACUCAAGGAGGUCAGGAAUGAAAAUGAGAUCAGCUCUUAUGGUGGCGGUUUACCGAAAGCAGUUAAAGCUUUCUAGCUCGGCAAGGCAGAGACACUCGGCCGGUGAAAUUGUGAAUUACAUUGCAGUUGAUGCAUACAGAAUGGGAGAAUUUCCAUGGUGGUUUCAUACAACAUGGACUUGUGCAUUUCAACUUAUUCUUUCCAUUAGUGUCCUCUUUGGUGUUGUCGGUGUUGGUGCUCUUCCUGGUUUAGUCCCUCUUCUUAUAUGUGGACUCCUCAAUGUACCAUUUGCAAGGAUCCUACAAAACUGUCAGUCACAGUUUAUGAUUGCACAGGACGAACGUCUUCGAUCAACUUCGGAGGUUCUAAAUAGUAUGAAGAUCAUUAAGUUACAGUCAUGGGAAGAAAAAUUCAAGAACUUAGUUGAGUUGUUACGCGAUAAAGAGUUUGUAUGGUUGUCGAAGGCACAGAUCCUGAAAGCUACUAAUUCAUUUCUCUAUUGGAUGUCUCCUACAGUUGUAUCUGCUGUUGUUUUUGUUGGAUGUGCUGUUACCAAGAGUGCACCAUUAAAUGCUGAAACCAUUUUCACAGUUCUUGCAACAUUGAGGAACAUGGGAGAACCUGUUAGAAUGAUCCCUGAAGCUCUAUCCAUUCUGAUUCAAGUUAAGGUUUCGUUCGAUCGUCUUACUAAUUUUUUGCUUGAUGAAGAACUAAACAAUGAUGAUAGUGAAAGAAACAUACAGCAACUUUCGGUCAAUGCUGUGGAGAUUCAAGAUGGAAACUUCAAUUGGGAUCAUGAAUCUAUGUCUCCAACCUUAAAGGAUGUAAAUUUAGAAAUCAAAUGGAGACAGAAAAUAGCAGUUUGUGGACCAGUUGGAGCUGGAAAAUCAUCACUUUUGUAUGCAAUACUUGGAGAGAUUCCCAAGAUUCAAGGAACUGUUAAUGUUGGUGGCACACUGGCCUAUGUUUCUCAAUCUUCUUGGAUACAAAGUGGAACAGUUCAAGAAAAUAUACUCUUUGGCAAGCCAAUGGAUAAAAGAAGAUAUGAGAAAGCAAUCAAAGCUUGUGCCUUAGAUAAGGAUAUCAAUGAUUUUAGCCAUGGUGAUCUUACAGAAAUCGGUCAGAGAGGGAUUAACAUGAGUGGAGGACAAAAGCAAAGGAUUCAACUAGCUAGAGCAGUCUACAAUGAUGCUGAUAUCUAUCUCCUUGAUGAUCCUUUCAGUGCAGUUGAUGCUCAUACAGCUGCAAUACUAUUCAAUGAUUGUGUCAUGACUGCUUUAAGAGAGAAAACAGUCAUUCUAGUUACUCAUCAAGUGGAGUUUCUCUCAGAAGUUGAUACUAUCUUGGUCAUGGAGGGUGGAAAAGUUAUUCAAUCAGGUAGUUAUGAGAAUCUCCUGACAGCUGGAACAGCCUUUGAACAACUUGUGAGAGCACAUAAGGACACAAUUACUGAGUUGAAUCAAGAUCAGGAAAAUAAAGAAGGUUCUGAAAAUGAGGUUUUGGCUAAACAUCAAAGUGAGGGAGAGAUUUCUAGUAUCAAGGGUCCAAUUGGAGCACAGCUUACACAAGAGGAAGAAAAAGUGAUUGGUAAUGUUGGAUGGAAGCCAUUUUGGGAUUAUAUUAAUUAUUCCAAAGGGACAUUCAUGCUGUGUAUGAUCAUGUUAUCACAAUCUGGUUUUAUGGCUUUGCAAACUUCAUCAACCUAUUGGCUUGCUAUUGCCAUUGAAAUUCCAAAAGUAACUAAUGCCGCCUUGAUUGGAGUUUAUGCAUUAAUUUCUUUUUCUAGUGCUGCUUUUGUUUAUGUAAGGUCUUACUUGACUGCACUUUUGGGAUUAAAAGCUUCUACUGUUUUCUUCUCAAGCUUCACUACAGCUAUCUUCAAUGCUCCGAUGCUUUUCUUUGAUUCAACUCCUGUUGGAAGGAUUUUGACAAGAGCUUCAUCAGAUUUGAGUAUUUUGGACUUUGAUAUACCUUAUUCCAUCACCUUUGUAGCAUCAAUAGCAAUUGAAGUUUUGGUCAUAAUUUGUGUAGUGGCUUCAGUCACAUGGCAAGUUCUCAUUGUUGCUGUUCCUGCAAUGGUUGCAUCAAUAUACGUUCAGCAAUAUUAUCAAGCCACUGCAAGUGAACUAAUACGGAUCAACGGAACCACCAAAGCUCCAGUCAUGAAUUUUGCAGCUGAGACAUCACUUGGAGUAGUUACAGUAAGAUCAUUCAACAUGGUAGACAGAUUUUUCAAAAACUACUUGAAACUUGUGGACACAGAUGCUUCAUUGUUCUUUCAUUCAAAUGGGGCCAUGGAAUGGGUGGUUUUAAGGAUUGAAGCACUUCAAAACUUGACUGUCAUCACUGCAGCUCUUUUGCUUAUUCUACUUCCUCAGGGAUAUGUAUCCCCAGGCCUUGUGGGGCUGUCUCUUUCUUAUGCUUUUACUUUGACAGGAGCCCAAAUAUUUUGGAGUAGAUGGUUUUCCAACUUAUCAAACCAUAUUAUCUCCGUUGAAAGAAUCAACCAAUUCAUUCACAUACCAGCUGAACCGCCUGCCAUUGUGGAUAAUAACCGACCACCAUCUUCAUGGCCUUCCAAGGGCAAGAUUGAUCUUCAAGGCUUAGAGAUUAGAUAUCGUCCUAAUAGUCCAUUAGUACUUAAGGGAAUCAUUUGUACAUUUAAAGAAGGAAGUAGGGUAGGAGUUGUUGGAAGGACUGGAAGUGGGAAAAGCACACUGAUUAGUGCUUUGUUUCGCUUAGUUGAGCCUUCAAGAGGUGAUAUUCUUAUAGAUGGGGUUAACAUAUGCUCAAUCGGAUUGAAGGAUUUGAGAACAAAGCUAAGCAUCAUUCCUCAAGAACCAACACUUUUCAAGGGCAGCAUUAGAACAAACCUGGACCCUCUAGGCCUGUAUUCAGAUGAUGAAAUAUGGAAGGCUGUAGAAAAAUGUCAGCUUAAGGAAACAAUCAGCAAGCUACCAAAUCUCUUAGACUCUUCUGUGAGCGAUGAAGGUGGAAAUUGGAGCUUGGGACAAAGGCAAUUGUUUUGCCUUGGAAGAGUUCUACUUAAGAGAAACAGAAUUCUUGUUCUGGAUGAAGCAACAGCAUCCAUUGACUCUGCGACGGAUGCAAUUCUACAAAGAGUAAUUAGACAAGAAUUUUCAGAAUGCACAGUUAUAACUGUGGCUCACAGAGUUCCAACUGUAAUAGACAGUGACAUGGUCAUGGUCCUAUCUUAUGGGAAACUUGUGGAAUAUGAUGAGCCUUCAAAGCUAAUGGAUACAAACUCAUCAUUCUCUAAGCUGGUAGCUGAAUAUUGGUCUAGUUGCAGGAAGAGUUCCUCACAAAGAUUAUCAGGAUGAAGCGAUGAGUAAUGACUUAUUGGAAAAUAAAGAUUAUAAAUAAAUUGAGGGAAUAUAGUUCACACCCCACCCCAGUAGUUAUGAUCCCAGAAGAAUAAAGGGAAAAAAUUGAUUUCUUGAAUUUUUUAUAUAUGUACAUAUUUAAAUUUAGUUGUUCUCCCUAAUCUAUAUAUAAUAAAUGUGUUAAACCUGAAGCAGGUACUGUGAAGAUGCUUCUCAGCAAAUUCAAUCAGUAUUAUCUUGCUGCAUAAGAUAAUUGUCCACUACUUUAAUU